AUGGAGACAAGGCUGAUGGAAAUGGAUCAUGUGAUGGUAAGGAACUUAGAUUUGUGUAGCCGGUAGCCACUGUAGGAAUUGUAAAACACCCAUGUGUGGAUUAUGUCACUGUGUUGGUUGAAUGCAACAUGGGGUGUAGAUAGAUGGUCUGGUGUUGUGGGUUCAUUGUGCCUUGUCUAUGAAUGGAGGAGUAGGCUAAGCUCAGUUCAAGUGCCUUAAGCUUUUUAUGGUUUCACUAUGUCAGGGGGAGCGUACUUUUAUAUUUAUGUUUUAGGCUACAAUUUGAAAUAAAUAUUAUACAGAAGUUCUAGCAAUGGGUUCAUCCCGAGUGUAAUGGAAUGAAAUUGUCCAUUAUAGGCCUAUUCUAUUUUCCCUAAAGUUAAAAGAAAGAAAAGUGUGCUAAAAAGUGUGACAUAAGCCUGUAUUUGUAUCAAGUUAUUCUUGAGAAAUUAUAAUUGAAAGUAGCUUUUACAGAGAUAUUUGUAGGUCUAACAGGCUUCCUGUUGCGCCUCAGAUGGUGCUACAGGCUGAAACAAUUAAAUGGGUCCCUCUGUAUACAAACUACAACUUUUAUAAAGCAUUAAUAAAGUAUUCCUAAACACUUUAUAGAUGCUUAAAUAAUUUGUUAGCAAAGUCAUACUAACUAGCCUGCAUAAAGGGUGAUCGUGAUACAAAGGGUCCUUAUCUGGUGCUUCGCUAAAUGUGGUAUAACCUUUUUGCCCUCCAGAUCCUUUAUAUAGUAUUCUGCAUGACAGUUCCUUAGGGCUGACCCCAUUUAGUUGACUGGUCGAUUGUUUGGUCGAUAGGCUGUUGGUCGACCCAGAUUUCUUUAGUCGAGCACUAGCAAAAAUAAAAUAUACACAGUACCAGUCAAAAGUUUGGACACACCUACUCAUUCAAGGGUUUUUCUUUAUUUUUACUAUUUUCUACAUUGUAGAAUAAUAGUGAAGACAUCAAAACUAUGAAAUAACACAUAUGGAAUCAUGUAGUAACCAAAAAAGUGUUAAACAAAUCAAAUUAUUUUAUAUUUGAGAUUCUUCAAAUAGCCACCCAUUUCCCUUGGUUAUACAUGAUUCCAUAUGUGUUAUUUCAUAGUUUCGAUGUCUUCACUAUUGUUCUACGAUGUAGAAAAUAGUAAAAAUAAAGAAAAACCCUUGAAUGAGUAGGUGUGUCCAGACUUUUGACUGGUACUAUGCAUGUAUGUAUGUAUGUAUGUAUGUAUGUAUGUAUGUAUGUAUGUAUGUAUGUAUGUAUGUAUGUUUGUGUGUACAAGACACCUGUCUGAUUCGCGCCUGUCUGAGUGGACUAAUCCAAUGUGGUGGCCAUGGGGAUGGUACAGUCAAUCACUCUAAGACGUGCAACUGAAAUUGUAUAUAUUACAUAAGAACAAUGGUGCAACACGAAUACAAAUAUUAUUUUAUAACAAAUGCGCUUUCUACCGCAUUGGAUAGUGGUCACUGUUGGCUGUUCUGAAACACAUCAGUGUGCUGUUGAAUUGGCGCCUUUUCAUAGACCACGUCGCUAUGUGCAUAAUAGCAAAGUUAACCAGCAUAUUGGUGUUGAGAACAAUGCGGCGGAGGCAGCAGCAGAAUGAGGAGACGAGAAAACAGCCCUUGCCUUAUUGUCUAAGAAAAGUGAGGAGAGGAAACCCCAACUUAAUUAGGUCUAUAAUCAAUAGCCUAACUAUUAAAGUGCCUGGCUUUAUAAAUCAUCCAUAUAUAUCUACGGAAAUAAGACAGAUCCUGCUUCUGUUGCCGGUUUGAGUGUUUGUUUAAUAGCCUAGUGAUUCAGUGAGCACCAAGCCUCAGGCAACCACAUGUCAAGUAAACAAUUUCACAAAUGUGGCUGUUUUUAAUCUUUACUUUGUUAGAACAGCGCCUCUGGUAUUAUUUAUAAUUUAUUUCGUGUUUACAUUUCCAAAUUGUCAGAAAUGAUAUUCAUGAUAAUAAUAAUAAUAACGCUUUUUCUUGAUCUCCUUAUUGUUGUUGUUAUUAUUAUGAUCAUCGUUAUAAUAAUAAGUAAUGUCAUUAUCAUUAGUAGGCUUAGUAUAGCAGCCUUAUAUAAUCACCAUCGAGCUGUAGGCCUAAGAGCGCAUCCUGUUUAGUCUUAAUACCGUAACUUACUUAGGCCUAUAUUUCAAUACUUAUAUAGGCUACUGUAUCAAUCAUACGAGUCAUUCAUGAUUUUGAAAUGCAAUCAAGCGUUUUAGUUUUAAAAUAAAGUGAGCCUUGAAUAAUUAACUUAAACAAUAAAUAAACCGUUCCAUUUUGGAAUUUGCAUUCACGAAUGAAUGCGACUGUUAGUCUUUGCUGUAAUAAAGGCUUUAAAACAUUUUUUACAACAGACUGUCUGGUACUCUUAGAAUGUAUUUAGUGUUGUUUACAUUGUUCCAAACGGUCAGAAAAAGUAUAUUGUAAUCUAACAGCACCUGUUUAGCACACAUAAUAUGACGCAGCGUUUGCUCCUUACCUUAUUUUUCUUGAUCUCCAGUAUUUUCCACAACUAGUCACAUUUAUUCCACAUAUCUGACUUCCCCUUUACCUCAUGAGCAACCAGUAAACAUUCCCCCGUUUCGAGUUUAUUUGUCAGGUCCUCUGCAUCCAUUUUGCUGUUACGAUGUUCAGAGUUUGUUAUAACCAGUUUAUUGAUGUGAUUAUGAUAUGCUAGAGGUCAGGCCCUAUUGGUCACGUGCAUGCAAUGCAUACAUGUGUCAUGUAAAGAGAGCAAGGGUUGAGGGAAUGUUUUUCCUAAACAAAUUAGGGAUUUUGGUAACAGAACUUUUCAGUCAGAAAUUACUGUAAUUAUGUUGGAGCUUCAGCAGCAAGGACAGCGUGAUUUUCUGUGGUGGUCGCUGCAGCAGGGAGGAGAGAGAGACAACAGCUGCUAGUCACACAGUCACUCGCUGUCUCUUUUUUUUUACACAGCGCAGCAAGUUUGAGCCCUGCCCGGCACAAUCAAUCAAUUGCUGGUCGGACUCCCUCUAGUCAUUUGUGUGUCUUAAUAAUUUAAUCAAACAGUGUGCUUAAAGCAUGAGACAAGCUCAGUGAACAUAGUUGAUUUGAUUAAAACACAUAGGAUGUAUGUAUGUAUGUAUAUGUAUGUGUGUGUGUGUAUAUAUAUAUAUAUAUAUAUAUAAUGUGUCUGUGUGUGUAUAUAUGUAACUCAGCAAAAAAAGAAACGUCCUCUCACUGUCAACUGCGUUUAUUUUCAGCAAACUUAACAUGUGUAAAUAUUUGUAUGAACAUAACAAGAUUCAACAACUGAGACAUAAACGGAACAAGUUCCACAGACAUGUGACGAACAGAAAUUGAAUAAUGUGUCCCUGAACAAAGGGGGGGUCAAAAUCAAAAAUAACAGUCAGUAUCUGGUGUGGCCACCAGCUGCAUUAAGUACUGCAGUGCAUCUCCUCCUCAUGGACUGCACCAGAUGUGCCAGUUCUUGCUGUGAGAUGUUACCCCACUCUUCCACCAAGGCACCUGCAAGUUCCCUUGACAUUUCUGGAGGGAAUGGCCCUAGCCCUCACCCUCCGAUCCAACAGGUCCCAGUCGUGCUCAGUGGGAUUGAGAUCCGGGCUCUUCGCUGGCCAUGGCAGAACACUGACAUUCCUGUCUUGCAGGAAAUCACGCACAGAACGAUCAGUAUGGCUGGUGGCAUUGUCAUGCAGGAGGGUCAUGUCAGGAUGAGCCUGCAGGAAGGUGAGGGAGGAGGAUGUCUUCCCUGUAACGCACAGCGUUGAGAUUGCCUGCAAUGACAACAUGCUCAGUCCUAUGAUGCUGUGACACACUGCCCCAGACCAUGACGGACCCUCCACCUCCAAAUCAAUCCUGCUCCAGAGUACAGGCCUUGGUGUAACGCUCAUUCCUUUCACGAUAAACGCAAAUCCGACUAUCACCCCUGGUGAGACAAAACCGCGACUCAUCAGUGAAGAGCACUUUUUGCCAGUCCUGUCUGGUCCAGCGACGGUGGGUUUUGUGCCCAUAGGCGACAUUGUUGCCGGUGAUGUCUGGUGAGGACCUGCCUUACAACAGGCCUACAAGCCCUCAGUCCAGCCUCUCUCAGCCUAUUGCGGACAGUCUGAACACUGAUGGAAGGAUUGUGCAUUCCUGGUGUAACUCGGGCAGUUGUUGUUGCCAUCCUGUACCUGUCCCGUAGGUGUAAUGUUCAGAUGUACCGAUCCUGUGCAGGUGUUGUUACACGUGGUCUGCCACUGCGAGGACGAUCAGCUGUCCGUCCUGUCUCCCUGUAGCGCUUUCUUCGGCAUCUCACAGUACAGACAUUGCAAUUUAUUGCCCUGGCCACAUCUGCAGUCCUCAUGCCUCCUUGCAGCAUGCCUACGGCACGUUCACACAGAUGAGCAGGGACCCUGGGCAUUUUUCUUUUGGUGUUUUUCAGAGUCCGUAGAAAGGCCUCUUUAGUGUACUAAGUUUUCAUAACUGUGACCUUAAUUGCCUACCGUCUGUAAGCUGUUAGUGUCUUAACGACCUUUCCACAGUUGCAUGUUCAUUAAUUGUUUAUGGUUCAUUGAACAAGCAUGGGAAACAGUGUUUAAACCCUUUACAAUGAAGAUUUGUGAAGUUAUUUGGAUUUUUACCAAUUAUCUUUGAAAGACAGGGUCCUGGACGUUUCUUUUUUUUGCUGAGUUUAUAUAAAAAUACACGUUUAAACAUUUCAACCAAUCGAUUGGUGAAAUUACAGAGGAGGAACUUCUGGAUACAAUUAAAGACUUUAAGUCCGGGAAAACUCCAGGGUUGGAUGGCAUACCAGUCGAGGUAUACCAAACCUUUUUUGAUAUACUCAGAGGACCGUUAUUAGAAUGUUUUAACCACUCCUAUGUAAACGGUAGAUUAUCAGACACUCAAGAAGGUCUGAUUUCAUUAUUACUGAAACAGGAUACAAGUGGAAAAUAUAAAGAUCCAGUCCAUUUAAAAAAUUGGCGGCCCCUUACACUUCAGUGUUGUGAUGCAAAAAUUAUUGCAAAAUGUAUAGCGCAUAGAAUUAAAAAGGUAUUGUCGGACAUUAUUCAUUCUAAUCAGACAGGUUUUUUACAUGGGCAAUACAUUGGAGAUAAUAUAAGGCAAGUACUGGAAAUAAUAGAACACUAUGAAAAAUCUGGGAAACCAGGCCUACUAUUCAUAGCAGACUUCGAGUAGGCAUUUGAUAAAGUACGACUGGGGUUUAUAUAUAAAUGCCUGGAGCAUUUCAAUUUUGGACAAUCUCUUAUAAAUUGGGUUAAAAUCAUGUAUAGUAACACUAGGUGUAAAAUAGUAAAUAAUGGCGAUUUCUCCUAAAGUUUUAAACUGUCAAGAGGAGUGAAACAAGGUUGUCCUCUAUCGGCAUAUCUAUUUACUAUUGCCAUCAAGAUGUUAGCUAUUAAAAUCAGAUCCAACAAUAAUAUCAAGGGAUUAGAAAUCCAGGGCUUAAAAACAAAGGUGUCAUUGUACUCUGAUGAUUCAUGUUUUCUUUUAAAUCCACAACUUUAAUCCCUCCACUGCCUCAUGGAGGAUCUAGAUACAUUUUCUAACCUCUCUGGAUUACAACCAAAUUAUGAUAAAUGUACUAUAUUACGUAUUGGAUCACAAAAAAAUACAAUUUUUACAUUAUGUAGUUUACCAAUAAAAUGGUCUGAUGGUGAUGUGGAUAUACUCGGAAUACAUAUCCCUAAUGAAAUAAAUGAUCUCACUCCAAUACAUUUUAAUAGAAAGUUAGCAAAAAUAGAUAAGAUCUUGCUACCAUGGAAAGGUAAAUACCUGUCAAUUUGUGGAAAAAUCACCCUGAUUAACUCUUUAGUAUUAUCCCAGUUUACCUAUUUGCUUAUGGUCUUGCCUACGCCUAGCGAACUGUUUUUUUAAUUCUAUGAGAAAAAAAUAUUCAAUUUUAUUUGGAACGGCAAGCCAGACAAAAUUAAAAGGGCCUAUUUAUAUAAUGAAUAUGAAUUCGGAGGACAGAAAUUAUUAAAUAUUCAAGCAUUAGACCUAUCACUAAAUGCUUCAGUCAUACAAAAAUUAUACUUAAAUCCGAACUGGUUCUCUAGCAAACUAGUAAGAUUGUCUCACCCAAUGUUCAAGAAGGGACUUUUUCCCUUUAUUCAGAUUACAACCCCUCACUUUCAGGUAUUUGAAAAGGAAAUAAUCUCCCAAAUAUCACUAUUUCUAAAACAAGCCAUAGAAAGUUGGUUGCAAUUUCAAUUUAAUCCUCCAGAAAUGACAGAACAAAUAUUGCAACAAAUAUUGUGGUUAAACUCAAAUAUAAUUAUUGAUUUAAAUUUUAUUUUAUUUUUUUAGAUAAAAGAAAAUGAUAUUAUCGGUAGGAAUGGUGGAGUUAACAAAAACAUAUGGAAAUGUCUGCUCUACCCAAAAUUACAACCAAAUAAUUGCAGCAUUACUGCAAAAAUGGAAGAGGAAAGUGGAAGGAGGAAAAAGUAAGGAACUUGUCUGUCGGCCUUGCAUUAAAGAACAUAAUUUGUUAAAGAAAAUUGUGAUAAAAAUAAAAAAGUUGACCAGUUUCAUUUAAGGACCAAAAUAUUGACAGCCGUCCCAUAUAGAUUGCAAAAUAGUUAGGAAGAGAUUUUUGACGUACCGAUUCCAUGGCAUAGUGUUUAUGAACUGAUACGCAAAACGACGCCGGAUUCAAAACUUUGAAUUUUUCAAUUUAAAUUAUUAUAUAAAAUUCUUGCUACCAAUAGAAUGUUAUUUGUAUGUGGGAUACAAUCUUCCCAGCUCUGCAGAUUUGGCUGUGAAGAGACAGAAUCAUUAGAUCAUUUGUUUUGGUACCGUCCAUUUGUAGCUUAUUUCUGGACACAGGUCCAGGAAUGGCUGAAGGAUUGCAAUAUUUGCACGGAGCUGACCCUGCAGAUAGCACUACUGGGUGAUCUGAAAAGUCAUAGUCAAUCAAUCAAUAAUAUAAUAAUGCUUUUAGCAAAAAUGUUUAUUUUCAAUUCACAAACUGUAGAAACAAUGAGAAUAGAAAGGUUCAGAACUUUUGUAAAACAUCACAGUACAGUUGAAAAAUAUAUGGCAAAUAGAAAUCCAAUAUGGAUGGUGUUAAGAGAUAGAUGGGAGGUGUUGAAUGGAGCUGAAGGAUGGGACUAAUAACAACAACUAAUAACAACAAGAUAACUAGUGUAAGACAUGCUGUGUCCAUAAUAAGUAUAUAGUUAUAUAUUGUGAGCUUUUGUGAAAGAGCACAGUUAGAAAGAUAUGGCAUACCAGAUGGACAUCAUGAAAAUGAUCGGAGGAAGUUCAGGAGUAAAAACAAACAAAAUAUAAUUAUUGACUGUGUGCAUAAAAUGUAUAUAGUUAUGUAUAAGCAUGAAGUAGAGGCCUAAGUUACAAUCUAUCUGCAAUAUUAAAGCUGAUCUACCCCCCCAAAAAAUAAAUAUACAAAAAUAUUUUUAAAAAAUCGAUUGGUUGAAAGAACAGACGACUCUUGGUCGACUAAGAUUUUUUUUUAGUCGGGGACAGCCCUACAUUUCCUUAUGAAUCCUAACCCCCACCUCUUUUCUCCGUUGUCCUCCAGGGCGACGCCAGGGGCCAGCUGGUGUCGGAGCGGCUGGGCCUGGGCCACAAUCUGGACCUGUCGGACACCAUGGUGCAGCAGAAGCUGGACGAGAUCAAGGAGCAGAUCCGCCGCGAGAUCCGCAAAGAGCUGAAGAUCAAGGAGGGUGCGGAGAACUUGCGGAAGGUCACCACGGACAAGAAGAGCCUGGCCUACGUGGACAAUAUGCUGAAGAAGUCCAACAAGAAGGUGGAGGAGCUCCACCAGGAGCUCCAGGAGCUCAACGCCCACAUCGUGGUCAAGGACCCCGACGACCUGCUAGGUAUGGCUAUUUUUCAUGGUGCGUGGGAGUAACUAGGGUUGCCAAACUCUUGAAACUUUCCCAGGUUUUUCAGAAAUCCCCGGUUGGAGGAUCCCCAGUUGGAGGAUCCCCAGUUGGAGGAUUCACUCGCUGCUUAUUCCCUCCGGAUUUCGGGAAUCCUUCAACAGGGAUUUUGUGAAAAAACUGGGAACUUUAGGGGAUGUAGCCUAUGUGAAACUGUUCUUUUGAUAUGUGGUGUAUGUACUGAACGCUUUCCCCCCUCGUCUGUCAUGUUUCACAUAGUCUAAAGUGAAUUAAGUGGAAUACAGUACCCAAGUUCACUUCAGGUGUGGUAUGUCUUGGUACAAGGACACUCAAUACAUGAUACAGCACAUAAUUACACAUUUGACAGCAGCAACACAAGUCCACACAAUGCAUGACAAAUGCACAGAAUACACAAAUAGGACCCACACACAAUGAAUGCGCUCUAUUGUGGUGACUCAUCUUCUAUGAGCUGACACUGAUACGUUCCAUAUUCCUUAUUGUGAGAUGGAAUGGGUUUGUCUGUCUGUGCUAUGGCAUUUCCUACUCCGUAGACAUUGGAAAUGGGAGGGGGGUGGGUUUCUAUAUGUACAGUGAGGGGAAAAAAGUAUUUGAUCCCCUGCUGAUUUUGUAUGUUUGCCCACAGACAAAGACAUAAUCAGUCUAUAACAGUGAGAGACAGAAUAACAACAAAAAAAUCCAGAAAAACACAUGUCAAAAAUGUGUGUUGGGUCAUUGUCAUGCUGGAAUACCCAUCCACGACCCAUUUUCAAUGCCCUGGCUGAGGGAAGGAGGUUCUCACCCAAGAUCUGACGGUACAUGGCCCCGUCCAUCGUCCCUUUGAUGCGGUGAAGUUGUCCUGUCCCCUUAGCAGAAAAACACCCCCAAAGCAUAAUGUUUCCACCUCCAUGUUUGACGGUGGGGAUGGUGUUCUUGGGGUCAUAGGCAGCAUUCCUCCUCCUCCAAACACGGCGAGUUGAGUUGAUGCCAAAGAGCUCGAUUUUGGUCUCAUCUGACCACAACACUUUCACCCAGUUCUCUGAAUCAUUCAGAUGUUCAUUGGCAUACUUCAGACGGGCCUGUAUAUGUGCUUUCUUGAGCAGGGGGACCUUGCGGGCGCUGCAGGAUUUCAGUCCUUCACGGCGUAGUGUGUUACCAAUUGUUUUCUUGGUGACUAUGGUCCCAGCUGCCUUGAGAUCAUUGACAAGAUCAUCCCAUGUAGUUCUGGGCUGAUUCCUCACCGUUCUCAUGAUCAUUGCAACUCCACGAGGUGAGAUCUUGCAUGGAGCCCCAGGCUGAGGGAGAUUGACAGUUCUUUUGUGUUUCUUCCAUUUACGAAUAAUCGCACCAACUGUUGUCACCUUCUCACCAAGCUGCUUGGCGAUGGUCUUGUAGCCCAUUCCAGCCUUGUGUAGGUCUACAAUCUUGUCCCUGACAUCCUUGGCCAUGGUGGAGAGUUUGGAAUCUGAUUGAUUGAUUGCUUCUGUGGACAGGUGUCUUUUAUGUUGGGGUGGCAGGUAGCUUAGUGGUUAAGAGCGUUGUGCCAGUAACCGAAAGGUCGCUGGUUCUAAUCCCCGAGCCGACUUGGUGAAAAAUCUGUCGAUGUGCCUUGGGCAAGGCACUUAACCCUAAUUGCUCAUGUAAGUCGCUCUGGAUAAGAGCGUCUGCUAAAUGACUAAAAUGUAAAUGUUAUACAGGUAACAAACUGAGAUGAGCUCCUAAUCUCAGCUCGUUACCUGUAUAAAAGACACCUGGGAGCCAGAAAUCUUUCUGAUUGAGAGGGGGUCAAAUACUUAUUUCUCUCAUUAAAAUGCAAAUCAAUUUAUAACAUUUUUGACAUGCAUUUUUCUGAAUAUUUUUGUUGUUAAUCUGUCUCUCACUGUUCAAAUAAACCUACCAUUCAAAUUAUAGACUGAUCAUUUCUUUGUUAGUGGGCAAACGUACAAAAUCAGCAGGGGAUCAAAUACUUUUUUCCCUCACUGUAAUGGUAGUCUUAAAGAUAUUGAACGGGAUCUUAAGCACUUAAAAAUUCGUAACAUAUUGUACAAAUUGGAAUUCAUAACAUAUUUUUUAUUUUAAAAACUUGCUAGGACGUAACAUAUCAUACAAAAUGGAUGACGUUGUUCAUAAUUUUGCACAAUUUCUGGGGACCCAUUUUGUCUCGUGAGCGCUACAUUCAAAACUUCUGGCUGAAAUGAUACAAAACCUUUAUAAUGCAUCUUUAAGUGGGAACAAAUUUAGCCUGACACAUUGAACCCUUAUCUGAUGAGGAAGGUGUUUUGUUCAAUGACGCAUGGCCAGUGGAAUGUUGCGGAUGUGGGAACUGACCUCAAGCCAAGUUCUAGAGCAACGGGGGGGGGGUCUGCUUAACUUCUGCCCUCCACAACUGAUGUCAGAUCACCUCCCCCUUUCUUCACUCCCAGCCUUAACGAAACAAGUCUUAGGUCAGUUGUUAAAUAAGGAUGUCACUGUAUGUGUCGCAUUCUCCCCUAUGUGUGGCUGACCUGGGAUCAGACAUUGGGCCAGGGGAGGGUUCCCCUGUCAGCGCUCCAGGAGUGACAUCACCCUGCUUGAUAUUCAUUUUAGUUUUUUACAUUUGUCAUUUAGCAGACGCUCUUAUCCAGAGCGACUUACAGUAGUGAGUGCAUACAUGUUCAUACUUUUUGUGCUGGAUCCCCGUGGGAAACGAACUCACAACCCUGGCGUUGCAAGCGCCAUGCUCUACCAACUGAGCCACAUGGGACCAUAUUCAAUGGCUCAGCUGUCUGCUGGUCCAGCGGGGGCUGUGUGGAGGAGAAGGCCCUUGACUGCUUGGCUCGUCCUGACCCCGACCAAACCCCUCUCUUCUCGAGGGAAGCCCUGGCUCACAGGCACACACACACUCAUACAAACACACGGAUACACAUGGAUAUACACAUACAUACACACACACACACACACACACACAAAUAAUUGAAAGUUAGUUAGGACUACAAUACAUUACACACACACACACAGACACACACAACAUAGCUGAGUAUCCACCGUUUAUAUUUGCAUCUGCUGACCCUCUGUCUAUCUGAGCUUGAACACAGUUCAAUCAUUUGUCGGAGGAAUCUUGCGGACCCAUAAUCUCUCUCAAUAACGCUAAUUUAGCAGACGACUUUAUGACUGGUGCUGCCUAGAGCAACCUGACGUACUCUCCUUCAUAUCCCCCAUUUAGAUCAACCACAGAGAUGCACUGCCCCGGUUAAUGGCUGAUUUAAUUAAUAAUUAGACUAUGUUUGAAUGAAUCGGUGACCUUCUGAGGCGUCUCCAGAGACACCGAUGUUUAACAGGAUGUGCUUCUCACGCUAAAGUGGUGUGUGAUACUUGAAUGCUAACUGUGGUUAGCGCUGUUGACUGGGUAUAGGCCUAGAGCUAGUUAGCGGUGGCAUAUGUUGGUCAGCUGUGGUGCCAUUUCAGCACAGGAGGAUGGUGACACCUUAAUUGGGGAGGACGGGCUCGUGGUAAUGGCUGGAGCGGAAUAUGUGGAAUGCUAUCAAAUACAUCAAACAUGGUUUCUAUGUGUUUGAUGCCAUUCCAUUUGCUACGUUCCAGCCAUUAUUGUGAGCCGUCCUCCCCUCAGCAGCCUCCACUGCAUUUUGGUGUAGCAUUGCAGGUGGGAUGUGACGCUGUGGAAUCAAGUCAAUUCCACAUUUUCACAUUUUGAUUAGACCUUUUUAUUUCUCAGUUCUAAUUUAACUGUAAAUUGAAAUUAAAUCUAGCCCUCAAAGUAAGAGCACAGUUUACCUCAAACUGUCACCAAGAUGACGGUAAGAGACAGUAGAAGUCAGUCAGGCAGAGUUUUUCCCACCUGUGUGUGAAGAAGCAAGCGUUUGCUCAGUACUCGUCUCGGGGUGUAGUGGUGAGGAGGGGUUCAACCCAGGCACAAAAAGCAGUGAGCUCAGCACGUUUUGUUUUUGGAGGGAAGGAGGGGGCUGUGCAUGCUGCACCAGACACAAUAGCCCCUGGGGCAGGACAAGCGCAUGGAGUUCCUGGGUGGCAAAACCGUAGCGAAACGCUUUGGAAUUGAAAAUGAACUUGAGCGUUUCUUAUUGGACACCUUCAGGUGUGUUUGACGUGUUCGUCCAUUUUCUUCUGUUUUGUGCCUAAUGAACACGACCCCGGCUUAAAGCAACAAGGGCCUGUCAGUCAUACCAUAAAUGUGCAUGUCAUAUUUGCAUGUACAGGAACGUCACAUCUAGUGUUUAGCAAGUUCAUGCUUGUUUUUCUCCAGAGACUGCUACAGGGUUCCCCUAACUUCUGUGCUGUUUGGAACAGAAAUCCCAACUUUUCAGGGCAUUUUAGUAAAGCAUCUAGUGUACAAACAAGAAUUCCCCGUCUUCAAUAGUUUUCAUACCAACAGACAGGGAUGUAAAUUACUUUUCAGACUGGGCUGGUAGAAAAUGUGCCCAACUAGCCCGUGGGAUAGUGAAAUUUUUGUAUUUUCAAAUAUCCCAUGGCACAGAUUUUCGACCUGGGCUAGUAAAGAUUUCAGUUUGCUGGCCAGUGUCCAAAAUCCUUAAAUUCCAUCCCUGCCAACAGGCCUUCUGUUUUUACACUAAUUGCUUUGUUGUAGAUGGUAAACGACACCCAGAUCAAUAUGGCUGCAUUGAACAAGAUGAGAAAUGCAUUAUGGCCAACUCGAAGACCUCCCUUCAUACAAGUCUUUGAAUGUUGUAGCUAAUGAACAUGCAAACUUUAUUGUUGUAUUGUAAGAGCUUUAAUGGUUUUAAUAUCCAAGCUUCAUAUCUUCCCUUCCGAUCUUCUACCUUUGUUUCUAGAGUGCCCUUUGACCCCGGACACCCCAGCUAGCGAAGCAAGGAUGUGCACCAGCAGCAGCCGCCUGGCCGCCCUGAAGAAGCAGAACGACAUUGAGCUGAAGGUCAAACAAGGGGCGGAGAAUAUGAUCCAGAUGUACUCCAAUGGCUCUUCCAAGGUACGCCCACUGACCUCUUGACCAGCAUAAACAAUAAUUAGCAGUACAAAUAUUAGCAGAGUAUUAGCAGGCCUUAUUUAGCUCUGCACUGGUUGCUAAGGUGUAGAAUGCGGAUGAAUUCAGCUAAUAUCAUACAGCACUAAUACAGUAGGGAUGUUAGCGCUAAGGUAUGGAAUGUUAGCAACCUCAGUGCUACCUACAAGCUAUGGCGUAUUAGCUGAGUUCUAUUCGCUAAGGUGCCCAUUGCUAAAAUCAGCCAUAGCUGACUCUGUGAGCACUGUAUAAUAUCAAGGUAUGGAAUGUUGGCAACCCCCGGUCAGCGCUCCCAUGCUGGAGCGCCUGGAGAAAGUGGCACCAUCCUGUGGGAAAUAGCAUGGCCUGAUGAUGUCAGCCAGGAAAUGCCUGUCAGACGGAAGCCUUUCCUGCCCUCUACGCCGGCACGGCAUAGCAUAGCGCGCUCCGCCACCAGAGGAAUUCUGGGUGGAGUCGACUAGUUUACUCCACGGGCCAGUGUGUGCGUGCAUCAACUCGAGGGUCACCGAUAACACAAUGACAUUCUACUUUUGCCUGAGGUGAAUAACUUUUUCCAUGAGUUCAUUGAAAACUUUUGCUCCACUUAAGGUCAUGAUUUGACGAGACCUUGUUCGGAUUGGGUAACCCACACGCACACAGACACACACAUUCUGUCUGAAGUAUGAUGCGGAAUUUGGGUCAGGUGUUUUGUGUUCUUAUACUCAUGAAUUUUCAGGAAGAAAUGCUGUUUAGAUCAGAUGUUGAUCAAUGUCACAACGUCCAGUUAGUUACCUUAAUUAUAGACGCCUAUAUAUACCUGUUGGUGAUGAUUUGUUUUUUUUUGGGUCUUUACUUUCUGCUCAGGACCGGAAAUUGCUAGCGACUGCUCAACAGAUGCUGCAGGACAGCAAGACAAAGAUUGAGUUCAUUAGGAUGCAGAUCCUCAAAGGCAGCCAGGCCAGCGAGUUGAGCUUCGAUAACAAUGACGUCAUGGGUGAGACACACACACACCUGCCUGUGACUCAUUCUGGCCGUGGCCUCCUGUUCUGUGUUAUCCCCUUUGACACAUAUGGAGACACACACACACACACACACACACACACACACACACACACACACACACACACACACACACACACACACACACACACACACACAGUGGAUUCACAAAUUACCUUCCAUCCUAAAUAACUACUCACUGUGUGAUCCAGAUGAGGGAUUUUGCACCUCCUCUCCUCAAACACCCUGAUAGUCUCUCUAACAAGGUCCUCUUCCUCCAGCCAAGCCCAUCGUCAGCCCGUUGGACCUACGGGUGGAGGAGCUGUGUCACCACGCCAGGAUAGAGUCAGCCGUGGCCGAGGGCGCCAAGAACGUCAUGAAGCUCCUGGGCUCUGGCAAGGUCACGGAGAAGAGGGCACACUCAGAGGUACAGACCACAACCCUAGUUGAGUAGGAGUGCUGAUCUAGGAUCAGGUCCCCCCCGUCUAUAUAAUUAGGAUCUAAAAGGCUAAACUGAUCCUAGAUCAACACUCCUACCCUGGCCCCAUAAACAACUAGACAAAAAAUAUUUUUCGAAAGCUAUUCCUAAACCCUUAGUCAACUCACUGCUCAACAAACUUAUGCCCAAAAUGGGAGCAAACGCUUUCAAAAUGUCUGGGCGUGCCUGUUGGACAAACUAAAGUAUACAAAAUCCCCUUUCUGUCUGUAAACUUGUUUUUUGCUGGAUCAGUAUGAGAGCAAACAUAUUUACAAGUCGAAAACAAUAAAAUGAGUACCUUCUGAGUUUUCACCCAUUUCGUGAAGAUGCCCCUGUUUUGACCCUUGACCUUGCUGUUCUCCCCAGGCCCAGGCCCGCUUUAACGAGUCCAGUCAGAAGCUGGACCUGCUCAAGUAUUCCCUGGAGCAGAGGCUGAGUGAGCUGCCCAAGAACCACCCUCGCAGCAGCAGCAUCGUGCAGGAGCUGUCCCUCAUGGCCUCGCCCGCCCUCAGCCCGCGCUCCAGCAUCAUCUCCACCCAGAACCAGUACAGCACCGUGGCCAAGCCCGCCGCACUCACAGGUAAAAGCGCCCAUAUCCCACAGCAGUGGUCACCAGUUGCCUACUGUAAAAACCUCUGAAUGUAGGGCUGAAUCUAAACUUGAGAUAUGCACCUGUUAAUCAUGUCAAUGGAAGAUUUGUGCGAAAACUUGACUUACAAAGAUCUCAAGUUCUAGCCUUUUAUGUACUGGCAUUUUGGGAUUUCAGUCUUUAAAAAAGUAUGCAGUUACCAAUAUAUCAAGACAGUAUUGCUGUAGUACUGUGCUUAGCCUGGCCUUAUAAAAUCUAUCACUUUAUGAUAAAAAUCUCUCGUCUCCCACAGGCACGUUAGACGUCAGGCUCAUGGGCUGCCAGGACCUGCUGGAGAACGUUCCGGGUCGUUCCAAAGCCGGUUCCGUGCCGCUGCCUUGCUGGAGCCCCAGCGAGACCCGCUCCUCCUUCAUGAGCCGGGGGAAACCGCAACCGAGGUGCCAGCGCACGGAACCUCUCCAAGAGUGAAGACCUCUCCAGUGAGUUUCCUAACACCAGCAUUCUCUCCUACUAUCAGCCCUCGAUCAAUAACUUAAUCCAUUGAUAACUUUUUUUUCCAAGGAUUUACGAUGUAAAAUAUUUAUACAUAGUUGUCUGAAAUUGCACUAUUUCUGACCAGGGCCCAUUUUCAGACGCAGCCAUAUACACACUUGACAAAAGCACAUUGGAGAAACCUGAAACCUGUCCAGUGACUGAUUACCCCUGCCAUCAUCCCUUCUGCUUGAGAGCAUGGGUUGUAGCAGAGCUAUAAAUAUACAGAAACCACUGCACUCUAUAUGUAGUGUAUCCUAAAGGAAGAACACCAUGUUCAUUUAAAUGUAAUGUCAUGUAUGAACUGUAAUAUGUACAUUUUGGGCAGGAAAUGGUAUUCAAUCUUUGCGUUGCUCUCCAGAUGAAAUCAGUGCUGUGCUGAAGCUGGACAAUACAGUGGUGGGACAAACCAACUGGAGACCUGUUAGUAACCAGUCCUGGGAUCAGAAGUUUACACUGGAGCUGGACAGGGUACACACACACACACACAAACCUCAUUAUCUGGCAGCCAGUUUAAUGUAGGUGUUUUCUACAACAAUAUGUGUUAUAAGGAGAAGACUAUUAUGCAGUUCACCAGACUCUAGUUAAAUAAUCGCCUCCAAAUUAAAUCACAAUGCACCACGAAAAUGUUGCCCUAUGAAUACUUGACUUUGCUUGUGUGUGUGUGUGCGCUUGACCUUGUGCGCUUGACCUUGUGUGCAUUGUUUGACCUGCAGUCUCGUGAGCUGGAGAUCUCGGUGUACUGGAGAGACUGGCGCUCGCUGUGUGCCGUCAAGUUCCUGCGACUGGAGGACUUCCUGGACAACCAGCGUCAUGGCAUGUGUCUCUACCUGGAGCCCCAGGGAACCCUGUUCGCAGAGGUAUCCCACUUUGAUACUACACCAGGGUUGUGUUCAUGAACUGAAGGGGACUAUCUGGACAUGUCCAAUAAGAGAUGCUCAUUUUAGUUUUCGGUGCUAGCGGUUUUAAAUGUUUUCCUUGCUUGCCCUAAUGAUGAAGUCUGUUUGCUUGGUUGUCCUGUAUGUCUCCUCCAAACUAUGGAUUUUUAUUCAGGUCACAUUUUUCACCCCUGUCAUUGAGCGGCGACCCAAACUGCAGAGACAAAAAAAGAUAUUCUCAAAGCAGCAAGGUAACUCGUCAUUUUCUGAGAAAACACAAAAAUAGAGGCCAAAGCAGAAUACAAUUUACUUCAUACUCAACAGGAGAAAAACUUGACAUGUUUUUUAUGGAACAUAUUCAUUAAUUCCAAAUGAAAUGUAAAUUAGUCUGAGAUAUCACAUAUCUGCUUUGGUUUUCAGGACAUUAUUUAUUGUCCUCUUUGGACGGUUUAAUUAUGUCUCUUCCACUAAAUAAAGGGUAGUCAAAUAGUGGUCUCCAUGACCCAUAUUAUCUCCAUGAUCACCCCCGGUCAUAAGGUCUGUAGGGGUGUUGUGAGGAUUAGUGUUCCCCGUCUGGCUUUGUGACCGGUGUUAAGGAGGUUAGUGUGUCACUGACCUAUAUCCUGUGUCCCUCCUCAGGGAAGACGUUCCUGCGUGCUCCUCAAAUGAACAUCAACAUCGCCACCUGGGGCCGCCUGGUCAGGAGGGCCAUACCAACCGGUAGCAGCCCACAGGUGCCUGAGACCGGGCCCAGCAGUCUGCCGGGAUCUCCAACACCCACCAGGUAUAUAUAAAACAGGCAUGAAUUCACACUGUUGCUUGUAUACACACACACACACACACACACACACACUGUCACAAAUGCCAGAGACCUUCCUAACAUCUUCACACAUACACAGUCUGUAGACUCUCUCAUUAAGAUGUGGCACCUUUCUUUCCAGUGCCAUUAGUGAACCGUUGGUGACCAAGCUGGACUUUGACAAAGAGCCCACCCCGGGACCCAAGCACUACCCUGUACCCGCUGGCAUCAGAGAACCACUGGCACGGGACAACAAACUGCCCGACAAGGAGGAAGUACAGGUACAGACAUGGGUUACCAUGGAGAUGCCUGAUAGAGGAAGUAGUGCACAUGUAGUCAUAUACGAUAAUGGUUAUGAUAAUGGUUAUGAUAGUGGGAAUGGUCAUCCCAGUUCAAGCAAAUUAAAACAUACAAAAACGGUCAAUGGAAACCUGGGUCAUGUUCAAUGAAAACGUUUUGAAACGGGGAUGUACUGCCUGAAUCCCAACUCAACUUUUUCCGUUGCAAAACAUUUUGCUACAUUGUGCCAUACUGAACACAACCACACUGCCCCAUCCUCCUAAAAAGUCUGUUCUGCCGUUGCAGGACGCCCUGGCAUCGUUUGACUUCCUGAACAAGAGGAACAGCAUAGCGGUGAAGUCGUCGGACCUAGACCGACUAGACAAGGUAGUAGAGCAGGAGAUCCAGCCUCCAGACCUGGAGCUCACAGCCAUACAGAAGGAGAUACGGUAGGGCUCACUGAUAAAGGACAUGAUUGCAGUUGGACUGCGCAGAAUCACUGAUUUACAAAUAAUUACUCUUUAUGAGCUCAAGAUCAGCAAUUCUGUGCCUCUCAAAUAGGCUGAAGCGACUCAAAUAUUGUUUUAACUGUUUGAGGACAUUUUCUGGAGAAAAUGAUGCAUUCAUGACACACUUUUAACAGAUGUUUGUUUUUGAUUGAUUGGUUAUAAUUAGUUUAUUGGGGGCAGUGUAUUGUUCCCAACUUCCAUGAGAAAGUGCAUGUUUUUACCUCUUAAUUGAUUGGUUAUUAUCUUAUUGAAAGUAAUACUUAUUUUUUUACAUUUUAGUCAUUUAGCAGACGCUCUUAUCCAGAGCGACUUACAGUAGUGAGUGCAUACAUUUUCAGAGUUUUUUUUUUCCCCCCGUUAUAUGAUCCUCCGUGGGAAUCGAACCCAGAAUCCUGGUGUUGCAACCACCAUGCUCUACCAACUGAGCCACACUGGACCCCAGUAGUUUGUCUUUGUAUUUUUCCAUUGAAUAUAUGAUAUCUAAUGUACAUCUACCUCCAUUUCCAGGGAAGAAGAACAAUUUCAGUUUAGUCUCAGAGACUUCAAAUGUGUUGCAGUCCUUGGCCGUGGUCAUUUUGGAAAGGUACGUGGCACACACCAAAACCCAUUUCUCGAUGCCAGGGCUCUCCAACCCUGUUCCUGGAGAGUUACCCUUCUGUAGGUUUACUUUCCAACCCUGUUCCUGGAGAGCUACCCUCCUGUAGGUUUACUUUUCCAACCCUGUUCCUGGAGAGCUACCCUCCUGUAGGUUUUCACUCCAACCCUGUUCCUGGAGAGCUACCCUCCUGUAGGUUUUUGCUCCAACCCUGUUCAUGGAGAGCUACCCUCCUGUAGGUUUUCACUCCAACCCUGUUCCUGGAGAGCUACCCUCCUGUAGGUGUUCACUCGAAGCUUGUUCCUGGAGAGCUACCCUCCUGUAGGUUUUAUCUCCAAAUCUGUUUCCCGGAGAGCUAACAGUCAUGUAGGUUUUUUGCUCAACCUGUUCCUGGAGAACGCUGGACCCUGCCUUGUACCGGUUUUGGCUCCAACCCUGUUCAUGGAGAACUCGACCCAGUACUAUGUUCUUUUUAUUUGUUGCGCAUGAAAGUAUAGAUUCUAAGACCAGGUUACUCAUUUCCAGGUGAAGGAAGAAAAGUUCCAUUUAUCUCAGAGCCAAAUGUGUUGCUUUGUCCUUGGCAACGUGUACAUUUUCGACAAGGUACGUGGCAGAUUGAUCCCAACCAUUCUCAUGCCAAGGGCUCUAAGUGUUCUGGAAGUGACCAAUUCUAAUAGAAGGUGAGCUUAAUGCCCUGUUCCAUAGAAAGGUACUUGUAGGUCAUUCACAUAAACGGUGAGCCUGAGAGUGUCAUCCUCACUAGAAGGUGAGCACUCAAUGUCUUUCCAAGAAGUAGCUCCUGAGUGUCUUUCACCUGAAUGAGCUAUGGAGUGUACUUCUCAUAGAAGGUUUUCACUCAAUCCGUUCCAUGAAGGUGACCUACUAGAUGUGUCUUCCAUAGAAAGGUGGAUAGAUGGUACCUUCCAUGAAGGUAGUUAGUGUUUCACUCAAACGGUUGACUUAGAGGUCUUCACUCUAGUAAGGUGAGCUCAUGAGCUUUCACUGAAGAGUACAUCAUGUGUCUUUCACUCAACGUAGCUAGAGUGUCCUUCACUAGAAAUGAGUUGAUUGUCCAUUCACAUGAGAAGGUGAGCAUAGAUGUUCUUCACAUAGAGGUGAGCUUGAGUGUGUCUCACAGAAAGUGUGAGCCUGCCAUGAGAGUUUGGAACCAUGUCAUCAUAGAAAGUGAGAAGAUGUGUCAUUCACAUAGAAAGGAGCUCAACAGUGUCAUUCACUAGAAAGGUGGCUUGAUUGUCAUUCACAUAGAAGGUGAGCUUAGCAUGUGUAUCAAUAGAAAGGGAGCAUAGAUGUUCAUCACAUAGAAAGGGAGUAUAAUUGUGUCUGCAAUAGGAAGGUGAAGGGCUCAACUGUGUCAUUCACAUAAAAGUAGGCUCAGAAAGUAUGAUGUUCUUUCAAUAGAAAGUGGUUAGAUGGUCAUAACAUUGACAGUUGGUCAUAGACUGUGUAUUCAUUCAGAAGGUGAGCUAAGAUGUCAUAAUAGAAAGGUGAUUAUAGUGUGUCAUUCAAUAGAAGUAGCUUAGAUGUGUCUCACAUAGAAAGGUGAGCUAAAUGUUUCACAUAGAAAGGUGAGCUAUAGAUGUGUCAUUCACAUAGAAAGGUGAGCUAUAGAUGUGUCAUUCACAUAGAAAGGUGAGCUAUAGAUGUGUCAUUCACAUAGAAAGGUGAGCUAUAGAUGUGUCAUUCACAUAGAAAGGUGAGCUAUAGAUGUGUCUUCACAUAGAAAGGUGAGCUAUAGAUGUGUCUUUCACAUAGAAAGGUGAGCUAUAGAUGUGUCAUUCACAUAGAAAGGUGAGCUAUAGAUGUGUCAUUCACAUAGAAAGGUGAGCUAUAGAUGUGUCAUUCACAUAGAAAGGUGAGCUAUAGAUGUGUCAUUCACAUAGAAAGCGAGUCCUGAUAAGCGGUAGGUCGUUUUUAUGUCCUUUUUUUGUGGUCUUUUUACUUUUGGUUUUGUACACCAGCUCAAAACAGCUGAAAAUACCAUAUUUUUGGUUAUUGAAGACAUUUCACAGGUGUUUAGAUGGUACAAGGAUUCUCUAAAACAGGGCUCUCCAACCCUGUACCCAGAGAGCUACCCCCGUAAGUUCAACCCAACCCCAAUUAAAACUAUCAACCAGCUAACUAUUAGAGUCAGCUGCACUAGAUUAGGGUUGGAGUGAAAACCUACAGGACGGUAGCUCUCCAGGAACAGGGUUGGAGAGCCCUGCUCUACACUAUACAUUGGUUGUUUUGUCAAAUAAACUGAAAUUAGUUGAGUAUUUUAGAUUUUUAGAAACCAGGCGCUGGUAGAGGGAUUUCUACAUAUUGCUCCUUUAACAGUUGAUGCUGUUUUCCAUCUGGGGAAAGAUAUAAGAUAUUAGCUCAGCUUUCUAACCACAAGUUUGGGCUGAUUUUGUUUAAUUUCACUAAUUUCAGGAAUUUAUUUAUACAUGGAUUUAAGUAGCAUUACAUUUAUUUUCUUGUAAUCUAAGAAAAGCCUUGCCCAGGUAUCAGGUAUCAGUGGCUUACGUCGUUGUCUCUCGGUCUUCCCCCCCAGUCUGAUGUGUGAGAAGCGUAUCUUUGAGACGGUGAACAGUGUGCGCCACCCGUUCCUGGUCAACCUCUUUGCCUGCUUCCAAACGCAGGAGCACGUGUGCUUCGUCAUGGAGUAUGCUGCCGGGGGAGACCUGAUGAUGCACAUCCACUCUGACGUCUUCUCAGAGCCCAGGGCCAUGUGAGUGACACAAUUACAAAAAUAUCUUAUAUGCUUUAAAGCAGAACUCAGCUGUUGAAAAAAUAACAAAGCCUCUCCUGCCCCUGUUUCACUAAAAAGCUAAGGGAUGGGGCUGGAGAAAUGAAAUCACUCUCAAAUGUAUAGACAGAGCUAUGGAUGCAAGGACUGACCAUCCAUUAUAUCUAAAUUAUAGUUUUAACCAUGUUUUGAGGCUGUAUAGUGUUUGUUUACAUUUACGUUGUUUACAAACAUUGGAGUAAAACAAGCUUAUAUUUUGGGCUCUGAUGAGGUACGACAGUUGAACUAAGUUCAUGAGGCAUUUAUAAGUUAUAUUCUUCCAGAAUCAAUGGACACAUAUUAUUAAUUUAUAAGUCCAAAAAUGGAUGUAGCAACUGCAGAUUGCCCCUUUUUUAAAGCUAGAAUCCUUCAUGGUGAAACUGCCACGUCCAUUUGUGAUAUUACAACAGAAGUUACUGCAAACAACAGUUUUUUUUUCUUCCUUCUCUGACAUCAUUGCACUUGUGACAGAACAGCAGCAUAUGUACUUUUUACCACGAUGCUCCCCAGCUCUGCUUGUCAACAAAACGGCAAUGGGGCAGAUAGUGGCGCUGUUUCCCCUACUGUGAAUUUAAUCUUUAAGGUAUUUUUGUCUAGUAGUAAUAUGAAGGUUCACUUGCUUUAUGAGCACCAAGAUUAUCUUCUGGGUUAACCGGCUUUGAAAUAGUGUCUUAAGUGCUCACCUCCAUAUCCAGUGUCUUGUUUUCAGUGGUACCCUGAAUCAGCGGUACCCUAAAUCAGUGGUACCCUGAAUCAGCGGUACCCUAAAUCAGUGGUACCCUGAAUCAGUGGUACCCUGAAUCAGCGGUACCCUAAAUCAGUGGUACCCUGAAUCAGCGGUACCCUAAAUCAGUGGUACCCUGAAUCAGCGGUACCCUGAAUCAGUGGUACCCUGAAUCAGCGGUACCCUAAAUCAGUGGUACCCUGAAUCAGCGGUACCCUGAAUCAGUGGUACCCUGAAUCAGCGGUACCCUAAAUCAUAAAGUGGAUUCUCUUCUCAUUUUCUCUGAUUCCUUGCUGAAAUCCGCUCCCAACUAAUCCACCAAAUCUUUUUUUUCUCUCUCUCUUUUGUAGAUUUUAUGCAGCUUGUGUCGUAUUGGGAUUACAGUUUUUACAUGAACAUAAGAUUGUGUACAGGUAAUGAUUCCAUAAUUCCAUUCACUGGGUGAAUAUAUGCCCUGUUAUAAUAUAUUGAUGCUGAUUCUCAUGAUUUAUUUAUUUUUGUUUUACUUUCAGAGAUCUGAAGCUUGACAAUCUGCUCUUGGACACUGAGGGCUAUGUAAAAAUAGCUGACUUUGGCCUGUGCAAAGAGGGUAAAUGGGACAAAAACAACACAACCUCAACUUAAUGUCAUCUCUCACUGUUCCAACACCAUUGAAUGUAAAAUAAAUGUAUAAUAACCUUACCCUGAAUUAGUCAAAAGUCUAAUUCGGAAAGUAUUCAGACCCCUUGACUCUUUCCACAUUUUGUUACGUUACAGCCUUAUUCUAAAAUUGAUUAAAUAUACAUAUUUUUUUCAGCAAUCUACACACAAUACCUCAUAAUGACAAAGCGAAAACAGGUUUUUAGAUCAUUUUGCAAAUGUAUAAAAAUAAAAUAACAUUCCUUACUUACAUAAGUAUUCAGACCCUUUGCAAUGAGACUCGAAAUUGAGCUCAGGUGCAUCCUGUUUCCAUUGAUCAUCCUUGAGAUGUUGCUACAACUUGAUUGGCGUCCACCUGUGGUAAAUUCAAUUGAUUGGACAUGAUAUGGAAAGGCACACACCUGUCUAAAUAAGGUCCCACAGUUGACAGUGCAUGUCAGAGCAAAAACCAAGCCAUGAGGUCGAAGGAAUUGUCCAUAGGGAUUAGAGGCACAGAUCUGGGGAAGGGUACAAAAAAAUUUAUGCAGCCAUGAAGGUCCCCAAGAACACAGUGGCCUCCAUCAUUCUUAAAUAGAAGAAGUUUGGAACCACCAAGACUCUUCCUAGAGCUGGCCGCCCGGCCAAACUGAGCAAUAGGGGGAGAAGGGCCUUGGUCAGGGAGGUGACCAAGAACCCUAUGGUCACUCUGACAGAGCUCUAGAGUUUCUCUGUAGAGAUGGGAGAACCUUCCAGAAGGACAACCAUCUCUGCAGCACUCCACCAAUCAGGCCUUUAUGGUAGAGUGGCCAGAUGGAAGCCACUCUUCAGUAAAAGGACAUGACAGCCCGAUUGGAGUUUGCCAAAAGGCAUCUAAAUACUCUGACCAUGAGAAACAAGAUUCUCUGGAUUGAUGAAACCAAGAUUGAACUCUUUGGCCUGAAUGCCAAGCGUCACAUCUGGAGGAAACCUGGCACCAUUCGUACGGUGAAGCAUGGUGGUGGAAGCAUCAUGCUGUGGGGAUGUUUUUCAGGGGAAGGGACUGGGAGACUAGUCAGUAUCGAGGCAAAGAUGAAUGGAGCAAAGUACAGAGAGAUACUUCUAUUAUUUUUUACAGUCUUGUUCCAUCACUGCAACUCACGUACAGACUUGGGAGAGGCGAAGGUCGAGAGCCAUGCGUCCUCCGAAACACGACCCCGCCAAGCCGCACCCCGCGAAGUCAGCGUGCAUGCGCCCGGCCGCCACAAGGAGUCGCUAGAGCGCGAUGGGACAAGGACAUCCCAGCCGGCCAAACCCUCCCCUAACCCGGACGACGCUGGGCCAAUUGUGCGCCGCUUCAUGGGUCUCCCGGUCGCAGCUGGCUGCGACACAGCCCGGGAUCGCCCCUGGAUCUGUAGUGAUGCCUCUAGUACUGCAAUGCAGUGCCUUAGACCUCUGCGCCACUCGGGAGGCCUGUCAGAGAGAUCCUUGAUGAAAACCUGCUCAGGACCUCAGACUGGGCAAUGGUUCACCUUCCAACAGGACAACGACCCUAAGCACACAGCCAAGACAACACAGGAGUGGCUUCGGGACAAGUCUCUGAAUGUCCUUGAGUGGCCCAGCCAGAUCCCGGACUUGAACCUGAUUGAACAUCACUGGAGAGACCUGAAAAUAGCUGUGCAGCGACGCUCCCCAUCCAACCUGACAGAGCUUGAGAGGAUCUGCAGAGAAGAAUGGGAGAAACUUCCCAAAUACAGGUGUGCCAAGCUUGUAGUGUCAUACCCAAGAAGACUCGAGGCUGUAAUCGCUGAGUAAAGGGUCUGAAUAAUUAUGUAAAUGUAAUAUUUCCGUUUUUUAUUUUCUCAAAACCUGUUUUUGCUUUGUCAUUAUGGGUUAUUGUGUGUAGAUUGAUGGGGGGGAACAAUUUUAAUGAAUUUUACAAUAAGGCUGUAAUGUAACAAAGUGGGGUCAAGGGGUCUGAAUAAUUUCCGAAUGCACUGUAAGGUCUACAGUAUGCUGAUCUGAAACUUAUGUGCAUGUCAGAUUUCCAUGUCUGUGUGGACAGUAAAGUUUCUGUACUAAACAUGUCUUGGUUAUGUGUAUUCUGGCAGGAAUGGGGUUCAGGGACCGCACCAGUACAUUCUGUGGUACUCCUGAGUUCCUGGCCCCAGAGGUUCUGACGGAGACGUCCUACACGCGUGCUGUGGACUGGUGGGGUCUGGGGGUCCUCAUCUUUGAGAUGCUGGUUGGAGAGGUUAGUGGUUCUCACCUGUCAUAUGGAUGCAUACCUACUCAAUACUAUGACUCGUGAAGCUGGCCAAUAUUUUAUCAACUCUAAAAAUAUAUAUUUUAUAUAUAUAUAUAUAUAUAUAUUAACUCAGCAAAAAAAGAAACGUCCCUUUUUCAGGACCUUGUCUUUCAAAGAUAAUUGGUAAAAAUCAAAAUAACUUCACAGAUCUUCAUUGUAAAGGGUUUAAACACUGUUUCCCAUGCUUGUUCAAUGAACCAUAAACAAUUAAUGAACAUGCACCUGUGGAAUGGUCGUUAAGAUACUAACAGCUUACAGACGGUAGGCAAUUAAGGUCACAGUUAUGAAAACUUAGGACACUAAAGAGGCCUUUCUACUGCCUUAGGCAUGCUGCAAGGAGGCAUGAGGACUGCAGAUGUGGCCAGGGCAAUCAAUUGCAAUGUCCGUACUGUGAGACGCCUAAGACAGCGCUACAGGAAGAAAGGACGGACAGCUGAUCUUCCUCGCAGUGGCAGACCACGUGUAACAACACCUGCACAGGAUCGGCACAUCCGAACAUCACACCUGCGGGACAGGUACAGGAUGGCAACAACAACUGCCCGAGUUACACCAGGAACGCACAAUCCCUCCAUCAGUGCUCAGACUGUCCGCAAUAGGCUAAGAGAGGCUGGACUGAGGGCUUGUAGGCCUGUUGUAAGGCAGGUCCUCACCAGACAUCCCCGGCAAUAGCGUCGCCUAUGGGCACAAACCCACCGUCGCUGGACCAGUCAGGACUGGCAAAAAGUGCUCUUCACUGAUGAGUCGCGGUUUUGUCUCACCAGGGGUGAUGGUCGGAUUUGCGUUUAUCGUCGAAAAAAUGAGUGUUACACCGAGGCCUGUACUCUGGGGCGGUGUGUCACAGCAUCAUCGGACUGAGCUUGUUGUCAUUGCAGGCAAUCUCAACGCUGUGCGUUACAGGGAAGACAUCCUCCUCCCUCAUGUGGUACCCUUCCUGCAGGCUCAUCCUGACAUGACCCUCCAGCAUGACAAUGCCACCAGCCAUACUGAUCGUUCUGUGUGUGAUUUUCUGCAAGACAGGAAUGUCAGUGUUCUGCUAUGGCCAGCGAAGAGCCCGGAUCUCAAUCCCAUUGAGCACGUCUGGGACCUGUUGGAUCGAAGGGUGAGGAGCAUGUGAGUGGAGUGGAGCGGGAGCGAGCGUGGAGCGCGAGCGGGCGGAUUUUGGACAGAGCGCAGAGCAGCACGGAGCGUCGCCCUAUGUCCCGCUCCAAUUUCGCUCGCUCACACCGAGUCUGAAGCAUGCUCAAGCCUUACCCAGAAUCCAUCUGUUUCAUUUAAUUUGUGUCGUCCAUGAAUUUGUAUUUUAUAGAGCGAGAGGAGCAGCAGCAGCAACAAGAGAAAAGGGUUGAGGAAUUCAAAAGUUUCUUCACUGCACGCAAAGGCCCAACCAUAACAAGGGAGAGAAAAAGAGAGCUGGAUGUAGCAUUUUUAAAAAUGAUUUCUAUGGACUAUGAACCGCUGAGUAAAGGAGAACGCGAAGGGAUGCAACACUUCGCCAGCGCAGCUCAACCGGGCUACACCCCCCCCCCCCCCCCCAUGCUACAACACCGUACGGGACACUCUCAUGCCACAUGCCCUGGAAGAGAUGGAAGCCAAACUGCAAGACCUACUGCAAAAUGGUGAUGGGCUCGUUCUGUCAGCGGACAUCGUGGCCAGUUUCAUUGAUGGGACGUUCCGGGGGCACACGGUUUUGUUGGGCUGUGAGCACAUACAGGGGCACCAUACCGCAGAUCGUAUUUACCAAAAGUAUGAACUGUACUGAAAUAUUGGAACGUGCAACGACGUGUGAUUCGGGUCGUCACUGACAGUGCCAGCAACAUGAUCAAGGCGUUUAACCUCCUCCCUGGCACUGAAGAGGAGGCGGAGGGUGAAGUGACCGCGGAUGCCAGCAGCAGCGCAGAACAUGAAGAGGAGGAUGAGGGACCACCUGCGCCCUCGCAAGUCCUUGUGGAAGUGAUAACCUCUAAUGUAGAAACUAUGAUAAAUCAGUACUUUACUGUGUCAAAUUUACAUCUGAAAUGCCCCAUUCACAUGCUUCAGCUGGCGAUCAAAGACGCCGUUAACGAGCACGACAACAUUAAUAGGCUGUUAGUGAAAGUCGGGCACCUGGUGAAAAGUGUACGCAAGAGCACCCUGAACACAGAGGACACCGACCAAUUAGGUGUCCGCCCCACAAAUGCCUGCGCCACUCGAUGGAGCAGCCAGCUGCGGAUGAUUCAGUCGUUCAUCCGGUUGUUCCAAAAAUACCCGUUAUGGCAAAACAAACUCAAGUCUAAUGUUGCUAACAUCACCCUGAAUCAAGUACAGCAGCUGACGCACCUUGUCAGUGGGCAGACCUCACAGACAAAAUGCAGAAGGAGCUGGGGAACCUGGGGAUGAUCCUCCCUGCUGUCACAGAAAUCAAAUCCCUGCUCACCGAUGACACUCACGCUGCACUUCCAAUGGGCAUCGCUGCUUUUGCAGAAACAUUGGCAAACAACGUGUCAAUUCGCUAUGGAAUAUACUAUACUGAUAAACAUCUCAUUUUACCAUCAGUGUUAGAUCCCCGUUUCAAGACAGAAUGGAUAAUCCGAGAUGAGUCUGUAUGCAACAAACUCGGGGAGAUAAGGUAAGGCUGUGGUUUAAGCUAAAAGUGAAAUAAAUGCAGAUUUUUUUCAUUUUUUUGGAGCGAGCGGGGGGGCCAUUUGAGUGGAGCGCGAUGCAAACUGCGUUGAGCACUGAGCGAUAAUGAGCGGACUGGCCUGAUGUGGCUUUGGGCGGGGGGAGCGGAGGAGUGAACAGCUCCGUGAGCGAGGAGCUGAGAUUCUCACCGCUCCACUCCGCUCAUAUGCUCUGGUGAGGGCUAGGGCCAUUCCACCCAGAAAUGUCCAGGAACUUGCAGGUGCCUUGGUGGAAGAGUGGGGUAACAUCUCACAGCAAGAACUGGCAAAUCUGGUGCAGUCCAUGAGGAGGAGAUGCAGUGCAGUACUUAAUGCAGCUGGUGGCCACACCAGAUACUGACUAUUACUUUUGAUUUUGACCCCCUCUUUGUUCAGGGACACAUUAUUCCAUUUCUGUUAGUCACAUGUCUGUGGAACUUGUUCAGUUUAUGUCUCAGUUGUUGAAUCUUGUUAUGUUCAUACAAAUAUUUACACAUGUUAAGUUUGCUGGAAAAUAAACGCAGUUGACAGUGAGAGGACGUUUCUUUUUUUGCUGAGUUUAUAUAGCUGACCUGGUCAGUACUUGUCCAUAUAAAAAUCUAAAUAAUUGACUGUAUGUGCAAAAAUCUGUGUUUUUGCCCGUCCGACAGUCUCCAUUCCCUGGGGACGAUGAGGAGGAGGUGUUUGACAGCAUCGUCAACGAUGAAGUCCGCUACCCAAGGUUCCUCUCAACAGAGGCCAUCUCCAUCAUGAGAAGGGUGGGUUCUGGUGAAGUUCUACUACGGUAACUUCAGAUUGACCUCUACUGAAACACAACACCUCAAACGACUGCUGUCAGCAAGUGUGAACUGAGAAGAAACAAAAGACAAUGGCGUUAUUGAAAUACAGCUUUAAUGUUUAUUCUGCUUUGUUAUGCUCUUUAUGUUUGUAGCUUUUGAGGAGGAGUCCAGAAAGACGUCUGGGGGCAGGAGAACGAGACGCAGAAGAAGUAAAGAAACAUCUGUUCUUCAGAGUAAGUUGAAAGUAUUUUUUAUUUUAUUUUAUAUAUUUGAUCUGUUUUGAUAUUGUUAUCCAAAACAGCCUGGAUUACAGGCAAUAUGGACACAUCAUUACAUAUGUAGGCUACUUAAGCAAUAAGGCCUGAGGAGGUGUGGUAUAUGGCCAAUAUAAAAUAAGUGUUUUGUCAUACCCAUGGUAUACAGUCUGAUAUACCACAGCUGUCAGCCAAUCAGCAUUCAGAGCUCGAACCACCCAGUUUAUAAUAUUCAUUCGACUUGUCUCCUUUAUUAUCUUCGUUGUCAUUAACUUUUUUUCUCACAAGGUAGACGAUUCAAUACGUCUGUCCUGAUAGUUUGCCGACGACACAAUAGUGAUCACCGACAACGAUGAGACAGCCUAUAGGGAGGAGGUCAAAGACCUGGCCGUGUGGUGCCAGGAUAACAACCUCUCCCUCAACGUGACCAAGACAAAGGAGAUGAUUGUGGACUACAGGAAAAAAAAGAGGACUGAGCACGCCCCCAUUCUCAUCGACGGGGCUGUAGUGGAACAGGUUGAGAGCUUCAAGUUCCUUGGUGUCCACAUCACCAACUAACUAUCAUGGUCCAAACACACCAAGACAGUCGUGAAGAUGGCAUGACAAAGCCUAUUCCCCCUCAGGAGACUGAAAAGAUUUGUCAUGGGUCCUCAGAUCCUCAAAAGGUUCUACAGCUGCACCAUCGAGAGCAUCCUGACUGGUUGCAUCACCGCCUGGUAUGGCAACUGCUCGGCCUCUGACCGCAAGGCACUACAGAGGGUAGUGCGUACGGCCCAGUACAUCACUGGGGCCAAGCUUCCUGCCAUCCUGGACCUCUAUACCAGGCGGUGUCAGAGGAAGGCCCUCAAAAUUGUCAAAGACUCCAGCCACCCUAGUCAUAGACUGUUCUCUCUGCUACCGCACGGCAAGCGGUACCGGAGCGCCAAGUCUAGGUCCAAAAGGCUUCUCAACAGCUUCUACCCCCAAGCCAUAAGACUCCUGAACAGCUAAUCAUGGCUACCUGGACUAUUUGCACUGCCCCCCCCACCCCCACCCCAUCUUUUUACGCUGCUGCUACUCUGUUAAUUAUUUAUGCAUAGUCACUUUAACUCUACCCACAUGUACAUAUUACCUCAACUAGCCGGUGCCCCCGCACAUUGACUCUGCACCGGUACCCCCCUGUAUAUAUAGCCUCCCUACUGUUAUUUUAUUUUACUUCUGCUCUUUUUUUCUCAACACUUUUUUGUUUUAUUUUACAUUUUUAUUUAAAAAUAAAUGCAUUGUUGCUUAAGGGCUGUAAGUAAGCAUUUCAUGGUAAUGUCUACACCUUUUGUAUUCGGCGCAUGUGGCAAAUAAAAUUUGAUUUGAUUUGAUAGUUGACAUAAAUUCACUAUUUCAUCCAUUUUCUCCUUCCUUUGUCCCCACAGAAUAUGGAUUGGAACGGACUACUGGCCAAGAAGGUGAAGCCUCCGUUCGUGCCGACCAUCCAGGACUCCAAUGACGUCAGCAACUUCGACAACGAAUUUACCUCAGAAGCGCCCAUCCUGACCCCGCCCAGAGAACCCAGGGCGCUCAGCAGGAAUGAGCAGGACAUGUUCUCAGACUUUGACUACAUCGCAGACUGGUGUUAGCCCCCCUCCCUCCUCCUAACACGUUGAACAAACACACACUGUGAACCAAACAACACAGCGCUGACUGACUGUAGCUCACAUUUUAAAAUCCGCCUCUUUUCCAAACAAACGUUGAGAGGGAGGGGAAAACAUCGCUCUUCCAGCCUUUGGGCACACUCUGUGCCAUUGAAAGACGCCCCCCGACUCCACAACUGAACACCCUUGUUUAUUUUUUAACAAAAUGAAUAACUUUUUUAACAUAAAGAGAUUCUAUUUUGCUUCUCUUCUGAGAAUUCAGAGAGAAGAGGGGGAAGGAGGCCUCCAGCGCAUGUUUUCUUUUGUCUGACCACUGAGAAUGUUUUCAUAUGAACUCUGUCAAAGGACACGCCGGCAACAUGUUAUUCAUUGUCAGUCUUUUUUUUAAAUAUUAUGUACAGAAUAUUAUUCAUCUGUAUUAACGAGUCAUUUCUCAAGCCAUAACUAAAUGACUUCUCUCUGUAAGGUUUUGACAUGUCUGCCUUGUAUGAGUAUUUUGAGCAUUUAUCACUGAACCGUCACGUGAGGUUAAAGAAAACACAUUUUGACUACUACUGCCUUUUGACUUGAAACCCAAAGUAAGGGCUCCUUUAUAGCUGAUCCUAGUCAUUCUCAUCCCCCACCCACACACUUAUUCGUCACAUGCUUCGUAAACAACAGGUGUGGACUAACAGUGAAAUGCUUAGUUACGGGCCCUUCCCAACAAUGCAGGGAGAACCCUCCCACAGUUUUUAAAGAAUGCCUUCCUGUUUCUGCUAGCAAAGCUAAGAGCUGGCUGACUCAAAGAAUAGAGUGCAGAAAAUGUUUAUUUUUAAACAGAUGAUCAUUAGGCAAAGCGGUGGAUCCAGUGUUAGUCCUCAUGGUAUUGCAACUAUCCCUCAUUUACUAGCAUAAAGGACCAUGUUUUAAGCGGUAGAACAAAGAGUUCUAGACACAUCAAAGGCGACUGUGCUGCUUUAAAGUCAUUUGUAAGGAGCACACAAUAUGGAGACAUAUCUGACAUGGCUCCCUCUGGUGGAUUCCUAGCACCAUUAAGCAGGGGCCAUAUGAAUCAAGCGUCUCAGAGUAGAAGUGCUGAUUUAGGAUCAGUUUUGCAAUGAAAAGGAUUACAUGAACAGGGGGACCUGAUCCUAGAACAGCACUCCUACUCUGAGACCCCUGAGCUAUACAGACCCAGAUUUUGUUCUUGGGGGAUAACAAUGCAUUCAGCUAGCAAUGUUGUGCUCUUGUGGAUAGAAUCAAUUACUCUAGCAUUUCGAACAGAGUUUGGGUCCGUUCCAUUAUAAUUCAAUCGAUGCAGCGAAUUAAUGAAUUUAGGAUUUCUGUUGAAUUUCCAUUCCCUACCUGAAUUGACUGAUUUGAAAUGGAAUUGAUUCCAACCUCGAUACCUCAAUUAUUCUUUUUAACUGAAGAUACAAGAACCAGAAGACGUCACAGCCUGCAAUGAUUGGACUUAGUCAAAUGGUGGAUCUGAAGUGACUGAUACAGUACAGCUGAUUACCAAAACUCAUCCAUUCAGUCCUGACAGUGGGACUAUGGAUGUAUGAUGGAACUGACUUAAACCUAUGUGUAGGGUGAAGUUGCCUCUAGGUUAGGAGGAUUGGGGAAGGGGAAGCUGACCCUAGAUCUUUACCUAAGGGAAGCUGACCCUAGAUCUUUACCUAAGGGAAGCUGACCCUAGAUCUUUACCUAAGGGAAGCUGACCCUAGAUCUUUACCUAAGGGAAGCUGACCCUAGAUCUUUACCUAAGGGAAGCUGACCCUAGAUCUUUACCUAAGGGAAGCUGACCCUAGAUCUUUACCUAAGGGAAGCUGACCCUAGAUCUUUACCUAAGGGAAGCUGACCCUAGAUCUUUACCUAAGGGAAACUUCACCCUGGAGCUUCAACUUGGCUCAGUGGCAGUUUGUGCAGACAAUAUGUAAAUGAAUCACUACAGGUGAGGGCAGGGUAUAUUAUAUAUGUAUGUACACACAAUUAAGCUGAUAGCACUCAUUUUAUCAAUAGUUAUUUUUGUAUCUAUGUUUAGUGUAAUUAUGAAAAUAGAUUGUACAAAGUUAUUUCUCCGUGCUUAAAUGGCUGCUUGAGCGUGUUGCAAAAACAGAAGCUUUUUUGAAUGGUACACCACAUUGAAGUUACAAGACUGUUGGCCCUGGUGUAAAGAAGCAGUCGUCUAUCAUGAAUGCACAAAUUAAACGUUUUUAAUAGAGUGGUGCUACCUUUGCAUAUUGUAUUCUAUUGGUGUGAGCGCAUCACUUUCAAGGCCAUGCUAUGUCUUGGUCUCUUUGCUUUGAGAAUCUCUUCAAUGGUGUGAAGAGCAACAUGCCCAAUAGAACUGUCCAUUAACGUACUACGGCAGUCCACUGUUCAGCCGUGACCCAGAGUGUAUCUUACUGAAGCGCUCUGGAGAAAUAGCAGGGAGUGACCUGGAUUUGGAGUCG